AUGAAUAUUCCGUUUUCCCUUUUUGUUUUACUUUUUUCAACUGUUCAUUUUCUUGUAAAAUCUUCAAAGGAGAAUUUACGGGUGUCUAAAUAUAGCAAUUCAGGAAUUUCCACAAUAGUACUAAAGGGAGGUUACAUCAAUAGACAAUUUAUUGGUGAAAUAAGUAUUGGAAGCCCACCCCAGUCAUUCAAGGUUCUGUUUGACACUGGCAGCACAAAUCUAUGGAUUCCUUCGAAAAACUGCUACACAAAGGCUUGUUACAACAAAAGAAAAUAUGAUCAUAAAAUUUCUAAAAAUUACAAACUAGUCCAAAGAAAAACCCCUGCUGAAGUCUUUUUUGGAACGGGGAAAAUUCACAUUGCUUAUGUGUCCGACGACAUUCAUAUCGGAGAUAUUAAAGUAAAGAACCAAGAGUUUGGUGUAGCUAGCUACAUAUCAGAUGACCCUUUUUGCGAUAUGCAAUUUGACGGUUUAUUUGGAUUAGGAAUUUCAGAUGACAAAAAAGGAAAAAAAUUAAUAUAUGACAAUAUACCGAAGAAUAGAUUAAAAAAAAAUAUUUUCUCAAUUUAUUAUCCCAAAAAUGUUGAGGAUAAUGGUGCAGUCACAUUUGGAGGAUACGAUAAAAAAUUUAUAGAACCAAAUUCAAGCAUAGAUUGGUUUGAUGUUUCUUCUAAAAAAUAUUGGGCAAUCAAAAUGGUUGGGCUAAAAAUUAAUGGUGUGUUUUUAGACGUAUGCUCAAAAAAUAACGGAGGAUACUGUGAAGCGGUAAUUGAUACGGGAACGUCGAGUGUCGCUGGGCCAAAGGAAGAUUUAAUAUUAUUAAGUAGAUUACUAAAACCUGGAAAAACAUGUCAUAAUAGAGCUUUACUAAAAAACUUUUCCUUCGUUUUAUGUGAUGAAAAUGGAGUACAAAAAGAAUACGAGUUGACACCUGACGACUAUAUUGUUAAUUCUUUCAGGAUUGACCCUAUUUUAAAAUCACCAUGCAACUUUGCUUUCAUGCCAAUUAAUAUUUCUUCAGAUAAUGGAUAUUUAUACAUUCUUGGACAAAUAUUUUUACAAAAAUAUUAUGCAAUAUUUGAAAAGGAUAAUAUGAAAAUUGGAUUAGCUAAGUCAAUUUAA